CGGCUUCCACGAGUAAAAAAUUGACUUCCGAAAUGGGGAGGGUAACAGAUAAACGUGAAAAAUAAAAGAAACACAGUGCAGGAAUUUAUGACCACGGUUAGUCAGGUUAUUAUAAAUGAAGUUAAAUGUUGAUUGAUCCCACAAUUAAUUGCAGAGGAGAAUUAUCAAAGCAGGUCACCAAAACCACUCACAGAUUUUUGUGAGUGGGUACAUAUAGAUUAAUAUAAAAUCAAUCAUUCACUUUCUGAGGCUCGACCUCGGUUGUUGCAUCUACUUCUAAGCUUGAACAGGAGGUGCGUUUCUCACCGCAACACGCACAUGAAACUCACGCGGCUAAGCACACACGGCCGACCGUCGCAGAGUAACGACGCCAAAAGCGAGGCACUUAGCGAAGAGCUUCCCGGCUAUAAGGGUGCACAGGCAUGGGGAGCACUUCGCGCGAACGUUUUCCCCGUCUAAGGCGAGGAAAUAUUUAAUAAGCCAUUUCGCGGCCUCUCACGAAAGCGCCGAAAAAAAAAAAGAAAAAGGUUAGCGGUUCUUGACGUUGCCGUUCUAUGCUCCCCUCCAGACAGAGGUUGGCGGAAGAAACCGGUGCCAUCAAGCACCGAGUCAGUCUUCCUUUUUCGAAACGAACUCUUUUCAAGACGAGGGCUGACCCCUUGGCCCCGCGCCAGCUGCGGAGCAAGGUAAAGCACACCCGGUGCGGGCGCCAUCCAGGAAAGUAGCUCGGCAAAGAACGAGAUGGAUUCCGUGUGUCUCAAUAAAAACCAAGAGCGAACGGGUCGGGUCCAGCAGUGGAAUGGCACGACGACGACGGAACGGCGGCGGUGGCUGGGAGGUCUGGGAGGGGGAGAACGGAGAGCAGAAAGGGACGAGCCGAAACGUCACCGCCGUGCGUCCUCCGUGCAACGUCACGCCGCCGAGGCACAAGAAAAGGAGGAGGCUGAGGGAAGAGGACGGGGCUGGGAUGCCGCAAGGGAAAGAGGGAGAGUCACGUGAUUGCAGCCAGUGAGCCACCCCAACCUGUUCCUUUUUUCUUCUUUUUUGUUUUCGAGACCAACGGACGUCGGCGGCCCGGUUCGCGCCGAAACGCGAGGCGCCAGCUCAGUCGCUCGCGUGGUGGUUUGCCGUGCUGUCGCUUGCCGCGGGAACUGGGUUGCGCGCUGCGUUGCUCGUGCGUUUGCAGCUGCUCGAGGUUCCGAUGACGACCGCAUCCGGCAGCGGCGCAGCGCGGCUUUCAGCGGGCCCGACCCGCGGCUGGGUGUGACGUCAUCGAAGAACCACGUGACUCGCGCGAGGAGAGCGUGACGUCCACCUUGAGGUUCACAGCCAGGGGUCCAGGAUACUGGUGGUGUUCGAUUCUUUUUCUUUUUAAUUUUCUUCUCCGUGAUUUUAUGUGCGCGUGUGUGAGUGCGUGAUCGUUAGUUUCUUCGGGUGUCUUGGGAAGCAACAAUGAAACUGACAAUGGAGAGUGAUAAACUUCGGCGUUUGUGGCAGUGUCUUAUGUGCCCUGUGGGAUACCUGCUCUUGUUGGCCGGACUUCCUCCAAGUAUUUCGGCGGUAUCGUGUCCACCCCCGGCCGUGCCUUUAUAUGCCACAGUGAGUUUCACAAACGGUGAGCUCUCACCGGGUACACUAGCCACCUACACGUGUGAUCCGGGUUACGAACUGUUUGGCUCAGCAACAAGGUCGUGUUCAGACCAAGGUCGAUGGGUGGGUGGUCUUCCAUACUGCGCGGUGAACGUGGCGUACGGCAAGCCGACGAACCAGUCGAGCACGGUUCGGGGUGGCGACUCGAAAAACGCCAACGACGGCGACCUGACGACGCUACAUGAGAACCGCUUCUGCACCGAGACAAAACUGGAGAACGCCCCCUGGUGGCAGGUGGACCUGCUUCGGCCGUACCAGGUCCGCGUGGUGCGCAUUCUCACCAGGGGGUGCUGCGGCCACCAGCCACUGCACGACCUGGAGAUUCGAGUGAGCAACCAGUCGAGCUUGCAGGGAAGCCGCCUGUGCGCAUGGUAUCCGGGGACACUGGAGGACGGAUCUACCAAGGACUUCGAGUGCGCCUACCCAAUUCUUGGCCGAUACGUGUACAUUCACAUGGUCGGCGGUGAAGGAUCGCUGUCUCUCUGUGAAGUCAUGGUUUUCACAACGCAAGAGUUCUCUCCUGACCGGUGCGGAAACCAGGUGGAGCCUCUGGAGCUGACCACGUUCAUCCGCAAAUGUUACGAGUUUCAGGGCAGCCGAGGAGGUUCCUUCCAGGACGCUUCGUCUUACUGCAAGGCACGCGGUGGUCUGUUGGUCCACAGCGUGGACGACCUGACGCUUCCAUUCAUCUCGGCUGAGCUGGAGCGACGUCGGGAGAAACUCAAGUCCAAGCUGGUCUGGAUGGGCGCACAGCGACGCACAGGCAUCGGGCAAGGAAAGAGAGGCUGGUUUUGGGUCAGCGGUGAACCUGUGAGAGAGUUCCUGUGGGCAGAGGAUCAGCCCAAUAAUUACAACGGCCAGCAGAACUGCGUGGUCAUCGAUGGUGGCCGGAAAUGGCGAUGGAAUGACGUAACCUGCGAUCUGGACUACCUGCCUUGGAUCUGCCAGUACAACCCGUCGAAUUGCGGAAGCCCGGACCGGGAAGAAAACUCCACCACGACGGGCCGAGACUAUCGGGUGGGACAGGAAGUGGCCUAUGAGUGCCCCACCGGAAGCUUGCUGGUCGGAAGUGGCUCCCGGAAGUGCGCCACGUCCGGCUUUUGGACCGGCAGUGCCCCGCUGUGCAAGUACCUGGACUGCGGUGCUCCGGAUCCCGUGGACAGCGGCCGUAUCGUGAUGCUGCAUGGACGCACGACGUACAACGCAACGGUGGAGUAUGUGUGCGACACCAACUACACCCUAGUGGGACAGCCGCGACGAAUCUGCGGACCCGAGGGCAGAUGGAACGGAACGAAGCCGUCUUGCCUGCAGAGCUUCUGCACAGAGCUGUCUCCGGUGCCGAGCUCCAGCCUUGACGUGCAGGGCCGCCGGUACGGUGACAGAGCACACUACAAGUGCGACAUCGGGCACAAGCUCAUCGGCAACGACACCCGCCACUGCCAGCUAGGAGGGACGUGGAGCGGUGACGAACCCACCUGCAAAUAUAUCGACUGCGGUGAGCCUCGUCCUCUGGAAGACGGCGACGUGUACCUAGUCAACGGCACCUCGACCUACCUGAGCGUGGCGCGUUACUCUUGCGGCGACAACUUCACCCUGAACGGUGUGGACACGAGGACGUGCCUAGAGACAGGUCUCUGGAGUGACGUGGAGCCCAGCUGCGAAAUGAUAUCAUGCGGGGAACCGGACAUUCCUCUUGGGGGCUACGUGGUUGAAGAAGACUUCCAGGUGCACGACACUGUGCACUACAAAUGCCAUCCGGGACACAUCAUGGAGGGGCCGGAGUCCAGAACGUGCCUCCGCAACGGACAGUGGUCCGACGUCGCACCAACUUGCACCUUCGUGGACUGCGGUCGCGUGCCACCGAUCCUCAAGGGCGAGGUAUCUUACGAGAAUGGUUCCACCUACCUGGGCUCCCAGAUCGCGCACUUCUGCAGUCAGGGCUACCGGCUGAACGGAGUGCGCGUGCGCACUUGCGCAGUCGACGGCCGCUGGAACGGCACGCCGCCCAAGUGCGAAGAGAUUCGCUGUCCACCCCCGGAGAUACCGAAGAACGCCACUGUGGUCUACGGUGGCAACGACCGCUCGUCAGCCGAAUCCUUCAAGAUCGGCUCGACGGUGCAGUACCGCUGCGUCACGGGACACAUCGUGCAGGGCGAAUCUCUGAGGACCUGUCAGGCGACCGGUCGCUGGACGGCCGAGGUCCCGCAGUGUGUCUACGUGGAGUGCAGUUUCCCCCUGCCGAUCGGCAACGGCCAUUGGCUGCUGUCCACCAACUCGACACACUACGGCGCGACGGUGGAAUACGAAUGCGACAAGAACUACCACCUCGAUGGAGCACCCAGGCGACUGUGCCUCGAGAACGGCACCUGGAGCGGCCCCGAACCACUCUGCCUGGAGGUGCGCUGCCCGGAGCCCAAGGCGAGCGACAGCUGGACAGUGAUUAAAUUCUCCAGCAGCCUGGUGGGUUCGUCGGUCGAGUAUUCCUGCGAACCGGGCUACGAAUUGGAGGGACUCAGCACCAGAGUCUGCCAGAGCAGCGGUCGCUGGAGCGGGUUCGCGCCCAACUGCACCCUGCUGGACUGCGGCAACCCGUCGGUGAUCAGUAACGGUCGUGGGCUGAUCCUAAACGGUACCACAACGUUCGGCAGCAUGGUCGAGUACGAGUGCCUUCACGAUUUCAAACUGAUUGGCGAUGCUGUCAGGUCCUGCGAGGAAGACGGUCACUGGAGUGGACGCGAACCACGUUGCACUGAUAUUCCGAUUAUCGGCAAUGAUGUAGAAGGCGCUGACAGCAAUCGUGCGGACUUCACCUACGAUUCCUCGAGGACAGUGGGAAUCGCUAUUGCUGUUGGUGCAGGAGCUUUGCUUGUGAUCGCAAUAGUGGUGGCUAUUGUUUGGAUGCGAACGAGAGCCCAGCGGGUCAAGAACACGGAAAACAUCGACGUGAGUCGUGGCUUGGAGAAGGACAACGCCACGGUGAUGUCCUUCUCCCGGUUGGCUCUCGAGGCUGCCGACGCCAACAGCACUGCCCCCUAUAGCAACGGUAUCCGGCACAACCCCAACGGCCUGGUCACCUUCGCCGCUGGACCGCAGCCAAUCUACGCCAACGUAACGGUCAACGGACAGAACCUGACAUCGCCAAACGCUGCCUCCAGUGUUGCCAGGAUCAACCUCGGUGUUCCGCCUUCGCCGCCUCACGCACCACCCAGGCAUAACAACAACAACGUCAGCCAUCACCAGGCGUACGGCAGCAACAGGAGUCCCGCAGCGGGCACGAACGCCAACGGUCACCACAUGUCUUCCACGCUACAGAGUCACGACGUGUGACCGCGUCAUCAGAGCACUCGCCGCUGUUUCGAUGUGAACGCCGAAUCUGCGUGGCUGCAUCCUGAUCACACAGGGAGUUGGUUCCCUGUGACGAUUUUGGUGCCUCGUGAGUCAGCGGGCCCUGUGAGGGAACGCCUGAGGUUUUUCGACGUCGAAGAAGCGACAACUCAUGACAUUGUUGGUUCUUGCUGGUGGAUACCUUAAGACUAGAGUGCGCCGGUAACCUCGCUGUUUCAACUGGCGUGAUUGCGGUUAUUCAUCCAGCAUAUAUCGUAGUGCCGUCUGAUAUGGGAUACGAGAUAUGCGAGGUCAUUUCACACUCGUAACAUUGUCUCCAUUGAAGAACGGAGGCCGUUUAAGUGGUCAGGAGUGUCUUCGACUAGUAGAAGUGCUACGAAGUACGGUCUAGGCCAACAGCGUGCUGAAGACGACCGUGACUGUGCCUUACUGCGGAAGUACUACUGCGGGUCAAAAACAGCGUCGUUGCAAAGGUGAAAAGGUCAUUGUGUGGUGUUGGUGAUGGCGUUGCGUGAGCCGUGUGAAUGCCUGUUGCGGCACCGAGAACGUCAGGCAAACCGUGUCACCCUUCUCAAACGAAUGGAUGUGUCGGAAAGCAACUGUGUAUGAAAGUUACAUUCUUGUUUUGCGAUUGUUAUGUUACGGAGUGGAAUUCUCCGCAGCAUCUGAGAACAUUUGAAUCGGCGAAACGCUCUGAGGAAACUGAGAAGCGAUGUUUUCCAUGAUAGUGACGUCAUCCUGCAGUUUAACGGUAUUCAGCCAACUGCUGCCUUUGAAGCCGUUGGCGAACGAAGAGAACACUGUGCUACAAAUACCAUAAGUAGAGAUUUACACCGUCGAACUCGAAAAUUACUUUGUCUACAUGUACAGUGGCCUAAGAAGCGGUUAUUUCAACUGGCUUCAGCGUUUAAACUAGAGUAAAGCUUACACGUGAUGUCAUUAACUAGCGAGUAGAGGGACGUAUACAAUAGCUCAUAAGCGAACGUAUUAUUACCGCAGAAAAACGGCAGUUGCUAAAGAGCCACGGUUUACCUUGAUGCCGCUAAUAUUUAAAAGAGCCAGUAUAUUUUCAAACAGUGGUAGAAUGAAUUUUUCGAACUGCAUGGAAAUCAAGUGGGAACAAAGGUUCACAAAUGUACGAUUGUUGGUAGGACAACGAGACGUUUUUAUUUGCAGAAAGGUUGCCAUAUUGCUCCGGUUUACGUUUCAAAGGCGAUAAAAGGCUGCUUAUUUAUUGCUCAAGUGCGUCAAGGAUUCAUAUGUUAAAAAAAAAGCUCGAGCAAGAAGCAAUGAAACAAGUCAUUGCUAAAAUAAUAAAUGAUCACUUAUUUUUCUUUUUUUCUUCAAAGAAGACAAACUAAAUCUACGACCUUUAGAGGUAGCGUUGGCUCGGGGCACUAAUCCAUUUACCUUAUGCAUAUGCAUGUGAGGCGCAGAAAUGCUUUCAUCCUUCAACCGGCAGACAGAUAAUAAUAAAUUUGGUAAAAGUUCAAGAAAAGUAAAUGUUCAGAGGCCUUUAAUAUUACCAUCUUUUUAUUAAUUGCGAGCCCAUUUCAUUGCCUAAUUUCCUGCACAUCGGCACAAAAUAAUAAAUGUACAAGUUCUAAGUUUGAAAAUCUGCAACUGUUCACCAAAAACAGAUAUUAAAAUCCUGUGAACUCUAGCAAUGGGGGAGCUUGAUGAGGAGAAAUAAUGCGCGCACGUAUCUCGUUCUUGCGAUACAGUUAGUGUCAUUACAUUGGUCUCACAAAAGCGACAUUCCCAAUUCAGUGGCUUAAUGGAAAGCUGUUUAAAUUCUAUCGAUAUUGUCCAAUUUCCUUGCUUUACUAGGCGUGGUUUAAAGAUGUUAUCAUUAACUAUGUUAUCAUUAUCCAAAUUCACCAGUUUGACGAUCAAGUUUUUAAAUAUGAAAUUAGGGGAUUUUCUGCAUUUGCUAUAAAAGGAAAUUGAAGGCGUAAUUCAGAAGUAUUUCGACUAGAUUAAAUUUAUUUUUGCCUUUAAAUACAGCAAAUUUUUAUGUCAGGCGUAUCACUUCUCGCCCCGCGACGGAAUUUGCUUCACUUGUAUUUAUUUACAAAGGCUCAGAGGGAGCCUAGUUUUAAUUAAAGUUGGUUUGAAAAUUACGCGUCGGAGCUGUAGUGUUUUAGAUGGCUGCCAGUAAUUCAGUGUGCUAUGCGUACAAUUUGGGGAUUCAUUGAAACUGCAAUUUCGCACACAAAGACCAUGUCCUAGAAUCCAAAAUCAUACGAGCUGAUAGCGUCACCUAGGAAUUACAUUACGCUAAGAAAAAACGAACGCUGGACGAGGUUUGUUUUUGGACGUUUUGCACAUUAGGCGGCCAGUGCAAAUAACUUACUCUAAUGACUAUGUUGUUUUUGAUGCAGAAUGACAUGUAAUAGCACGAAAUCUAAGAGGAGGAAACGUUAGUUCGAGUCUACCUUCGAUUCAGCUAUUCCAACUCAUGCGAAAUGCAGAAAUAUUGUUUUAGGACAAACACUUAAUUGAUUUAAGAACCCACUUUCAAAUCAAAGAAUUACGGUGCCUAAUGUUGUAAGCUGAAUUUUGUCAAACGCUGAACGCUUCGUGAAAAUCAGCCAGAAUUUGUGAAAUUCAAGAAUGUUUAAACGUUGCACAUGUUUAAACUUCCUUGAACUUAACAAAUUCCACAUCCCCACACAGAGAACAGGAAUCGCAAUUUAUUUAUUGAGCUGUUAACUGUACAGUUUACGUGCUCGGAAGGAGGCGAGUAUGAUAUAUUUACAGUGUAAGUGUAACAAAACUGUAACAUUGCAUGAAUAAUGUAAAAAUAAUAUUUAAAGAUCCGCAUGAAUAUGCGGAGUGAUUUAUCAUAAAUAUAUAUGGUAUAUCAUAUUCAUUUAAGAUUGUCGUAUCUAGUUUGUGUGUUGUGAACUUCGCACUUCCUUAAGUUAUGUUUUAAAUAUGCUUCUGUAAAAAAUCAAUCUAUAACUGAAUAUGCUGCGAUAAGAUGGCACAGUUAACUUGCUCUUUCAAAUUCACAAAUCUGCAUGAUAAGCACAGGUUUGGUUUGACAAGACCGUAAGCAUGAUUCUGCUCAAGCUGCGGACGAAAAACAACGACUAAAUAAGAUAGAACACAUGUGACGUUGUGUUAUAUCCUUGCCCGACCUUCCAUCCUUGCUGUUAACUACACUGACACCUUAUUGACAAUGGCUGAGCGGAUGCAGAGCAAAACUACUUCUCUGUUCCCAAUUUUGCACUCGCAAGGGUUUUGAUUGUCCCAUGGCGAACACUCUUAACCUCAAAAGGUAAAGUGAAGUAGCUGAUGAUUCAGAAUGAAGUUUGCUUUUUUGAUGACUUCUUGUGCAAGUAAAAUGAUAAUAGCUGUACAGACAACAUGAAGACGGCAUGUUAUCGGUUUUAAUAGCUAUCACUGUCAAACUGUUGUGUCAGACAUUUUGGUGUGUACCACAUGUUCAAAAUUAAUACAGAGUUUUCAGGUUCAGUUUCUCUCAUAACCAUUGUACUUCGAUGUUGCCGAUGUAAACAAUGAAAUGGUUUGUAGGGGUGUUUGGUAUUAGAUAAACCAGCAUGCCUAAUUGUACAGAAGUAUCUACUGUGUAUUUAUUAAGACUGUAGCUCCAGAACUAAAGUUUCCUCUCAAGUUAGAUUGCCUUAAUGAAAUUAGGUUGGUUAAAGUGCAGUGGUAGUUACAGACUUAAUUCUUACAUUUAGCCAUAUCUUUGGAGAGUAACAUAUGAAAGAAAACUAUCUUUGUGAAAACGUGAUGAUAUUGUUUCUGCUGUAUAGAUUUAUGUUUGAUAGAUUAGCACAGCCUGAAACUAAUCUUAGUGCGCGGCAAGGUCUUCUGACGUUUUGUUCUGGCCGACCAUAAACAGAAGUAUUAAGCCCUGAUAGUCAUCGUCUACUAUGAUUUAUGAUGUGCAUUGCACUUUACGAUGUAUCACAGAAACGUUUGACUUGCUGCAUAGAUAUGCUUGGCUGAGUAAGUACCACGUGUUCAAGCAAAGCAGACGAACAUUCAUAAAGUGAGUGCAGCAGCGAAGAACAUUAGUAUUGCGAUAGCGAUUUUGUGAACACUCCAGGCUAAUUUUAGCUUUCCUCAUCACUGUCGGCGUUGCCAUGAGCCUAAGGAAAUAGUUAUGUAUAUGUAUCUUAUGCGUUAAUUCAAGCGGUAUGCGCAAGGUAUGCUAUUUACCUGCCAAAGUUGUUCAAUCGAGAUCCUGCGCUCUUGACUAAAUUAUUCCUCAAAAUUUUGACAGUGGCAGAUCGCAAACACAAGCCAUAAAACAUAACAUUCUCAGUGCAUGGCCUUUAUCUGAAGUUUUCUCUAAGUGCAAAACAAAGUGCAAAACCAUACCACUGGAACCUGGAAGAUGUAAUUUGGAAGAUGCACAUACCACAAACCUGGAAGAUGUAGUUUUGCUGGCGUGGCUGUUUAAGGGCAGUGUAGUGGCACCUUUUCAAUGUCAUUACAGGCCAUACAUGGUGUGUUAAAGCCUGUAAGGUUGCCAGACAUUUUGGCGCACACGCUUACGUCGUAUCCACGUUUGUCAAAUUCGCGUAUAGUUAGAACAUCGUCCGAUGCGCUCAAGCGCAGCGGUAAACUUUUCUGUCGCAAUUAGUGCUUCAGCCUUAGGGCGAAAGUGUCAGUUAUUUUCAGAAUAUAUUUGUGAAGAUUUCAUAAAUUUGUAAUGCUCAAUGGGGGGGGGGGGGAUGGGGGGCAGCUCCCGACCGUGUACGACGGACUGUUUGGUCCUAAUUCUUUUAAUUCAGGGGCAUUAAAACCAGCCAGUAAUAAAUUUUCGGCUUCAUACCUACUUUCUGACCGACCAUUUUGUCUCGAUUUUCUGCUAUGCAAUAUAAUUUCUGCUAUUCGAUCUUAAUCAGGGAGCAGCGAGCUAGCGAUUCUUAUAGAGCAGUUCUAUUUAUUGUCGCAAAUAGAUGCAUAAAAUAGUGUAUCUGCUUAUCAAGGGUGUACAUUCUUGGACUAACAACGAGCUUGAAUUCUGAAACUAAUACGUGCCGUGGGGCUCGCUACUAGCUACAGAGGUAAAUAAUGGCUCGUUGUUAGUGGCUUUCCUAUUUGGUAUUGAUCACGCAUUCGACAUGCGCCUAUCCUAUUAAGGUGGUGUCUCAAUACGCUUAUUGCUGCUGCACCGAAUUUAGAAAUAUUUUACAACUUCGCUAGAGGAUGCAUUGGGAAUAUAUUUGCCUGAACUCAGCAGCGAUAUAAACCUCACUAGUUAUAACGUUUUAAAAUUGAAAUUUUUAGAUUGUCUAAUGAAAAUGCUUUCGUUUUUAUUGUUUUGCUUUCAAAUUACAUCUUACAGAGCGGGGCUAGAACAUCUUUAACCACACGAAUGAGUUGCUGUAAGCGUCUUUUCUCUCAGUAACAGGUUUGCAUCGAAACCAUAUACUAAAAUGUAGGUCACAUGGUCUGACCAUGCUUUCAUGUCUUUAGAGGAAGCUUACUUCCUGAUCAACUCAAUUUUCCCUUUAUGCGAAACCCUGAGUUCUCAUUGGGUUACCGGUGAACGAUAUUUAAUGAAAUGUGUCGCAUGUUAAGGAGGAAGGUAAGUUCCUGGAGCUGUUGAAUGUAGAUAGUUUUUUUGGCUAUAAGUAUCGGUAGGCAUAAAAAUAUAUUUAAGCACUAAGCUUAUGACUCAUAUCGAGGCAUCAACAACAGAUAUCGCAGUUACUUAGGCAGCUUCUUUUAUGCCGUCAAAAAUUUACAAAUAUUGUUUGUAUACAGCCUAAUUGAAAUUCAUACUUUGUUUGGGAGAAUUUCUAAGAAGACUAAAUUACAAUAUGCUCGCAUAAUUUAGAAAAUGCAUGCACAUAUCUCCCUUGUUUUAGUUUAAAUCUGCUAAUAGAUGCAAUAUAUGUAAUUAGGAUCUCUGCUGUCAUAACAGUUGCGAAAAACAAGCAAAAUAGUUCAAUUUCUAUCACCUAUUUCAGGUCUUCUCUGAAUUUUUUCUAAAACAACUGAAUGUUUGGGCAUAAAAAAUGUGCUCCACGAGUAACCUUAAUUUAUCGUUUGUUUUAAGUUCAACAAAGAUUAUUCAAAUUACUUCAGUCAUUCCCAAAUGAUGGAAUUCUUGCAAUUCACGUGUGUGUUUCAAUAUGUAGUGCUUGAUGUCAUUUUUUUCUCCUAAAUCUGAAUAUCUGGGCCAACGAGAUCGUUGCACCUUUCACACAGGCAUAUGCUUGGAUCGACGUCAUAGUUACGUGUGCCGCUUUGUGUUAUUCUCUGUUUUCAAUGAAACGUGUAAUAUGUAAAAUGUAUGCACUAAAUCUGUUGUGUGUGCCACUUAAGGGAGGACAGAAAGAUGCACCUUCAGGAGAGGUAUUUUGUUGUUAUUUUAACUCUCUUUUUGCCCCUUCUGUUGAGAAUGAAUGUGAUGUACAACGAAGCCUUCUGUUUUACUUAUUUUUCCUUUUGUACAGACUGUUACUAAGUUAUUCGUCACAGGCACGGUACCUCGGAGCAUACGCAAACGGGCGCUCGCAUUCCACUAUGUGGCAGCACAGUUUUUUGGUUUAGGAUCCCCACUUGCUGUUUGCUGUGCUGCUUUUUUUUUCUCUGAGAGCACGCAACCAAAUGAUAGUAGUGCACCCGCGAGUUGACGUUGUGAGAGUUUAUUAAAAAAAUUAUGGAACGCUGAA